AUGGUUGAUCAGGUUAGGCCUAAAAGAUCAUUAAGACAAGCAAAACAAAUUAAUUAUAAAGAAUUAUCAUCAGAUAAUAUAUAUGCAGACGAUGAUUAUACAUCAUUACCAAGAACUAAAAAAGCACAUAUACAGAUAAUUGACAGCAGUCAAACUCAAACCAAAAUAGAUUCAGAAGUAAAUUUUCAUAGUUCUGAAGAAUUAGAAGAAAUUGAAAUUGAUUCUUUAAAAAAAGCGGCAGUUAACAAUAAUAAUAUCAUGCAACCCUCGAAUUAUACAUAUUUAAAAAAAGAUGAUGAAAAUGAAGAUCAUGUAAUACCUGAUAGUCAAGAAAAUAUUGAAGAAAUUACUAGAAGUACAUAUUUGAAAAAAGAUGAUGAAUAUGAAGCAGAUAUUAUUCCUGAUAGUCAAGAACAUAUUGAAGAAAUUACAAUAGAUUUAUUAAAAAGUAAAAACAUGAUACAAAAUGAUAGAGUUAAUAGAGGUGAUGAAAAUAAAGGUAAUGGUGGAGUUAAAGAAUCUAAUUCAAUUUUAGUAGAUGAUGUAGAUAUGGAAGAAGAUCCAUCAUCAAAUAGAGUAGAAAGUAUUGAAGAAAUUAAAAUCAACUUUUCAAAUACUACAAAUAUGUUAAAAAUUGAUAGAGUUAAUGGUAUUGAUAAUGAUAAAAUUUUUAGUGCUGUUAAUAAUCAAAAACCUGAAGAAGAAAUAAAUAAUGAUAUACAAAUAUUUAAUAAUAGUUUUGGAGAUGCAGAAGCUAGUACAGCAACAAGAGUAUUACGUCAAAGAACUAGAGUUAAUUACAAUUUAGAUGAAGACGACGCAGCAUGCUGUAAUAGCUCACAAGACUAUGCUGAAAAAACUGCAGGAAAUAAUUCAUUAGAUUCAGAAGAGGAAUUUGAAAGUGAUGAAGCGGAUGAUUCAACGGAUGAAGAUAAUUCUAGUAAAACUAUUGGAGGUGUUUCAUCUGGUGGUGGUGGGUCAAAUGUUAGAGGUAUUUUAACUGGAGGUGGUGAUGUUUCUUUUACUGCUAUUCCAUCUAAUGCUGCUAUUCCAUCUAAUGCUGCUAUUCCAUCUAAUGCUGCUAUUCCAUCUAAUGCUGCUAUUCCAUCUAAUGCUGCAAAUAGAGAAGAGGGAAAUGAAGAGCAAGAAGAAGAGAGAUUAAAAGAGCUUUAUACUUUUGCCUAUCUGAAACAAGAAUUAUUAGAAAAAGGGUAUAAAUUUCUUUACCAACUAGGAUUCAUGGAGGAAGAAAAUCAACUUAAAGAAGGAAGAUUUGAUGAUUCUGAAAUAGAUCACAUCAAAAAAGCUGCUCUAAAAGCGGCACGAAUUGAUACUGACUUUUUUUUACAAAUGGCAGCAGAUUUAAAGAGACCCCCCCAAAUUAUUAUGAGCAACUGGACAAGAACAAGGAACAAAUUCCCUCCAGCACAAUACAAAAAAUUGAAAUUUGCAAAAGAUCAUCCAAAAAAUAAAUCAAAAAAUAAAUCAAAAAAUAAAUCAAAAAAUAAAUCAAAAAAUAAAUCAAAAACUAAAUCAAAAAAUAAAGCCAUACCUAGUUUUCCUAUGGAAAAAGAUAUCGAAUUACUUCGUGUUUUAAUCACGUUUUGCAAACAAACUGGAACACAAUUCCCCCCUGCUUCCAUUUCUGGUGCUUUUUGUUACGCUGCAGGUUCAGCGUCAAAUCCUAACUCCUAUGUGGUUUUUUCACAACGUUUAGGUGAAAUGAAAAAGAUGACUAUUUCAGAUGCUAUAAGUUAUUUACAAGAUUGUGAAAAAGGCAAUAAUAAUGUGAACAUAGCUUGCUAUAUGAAACAAAAAUACAAUUAUAAAACAGCGGAUAAUCAAUAUACUGAUGUUGAAUUGGAUUUUUUCCGCAGGGGCAUGUACACUGAGCAAGAUUAUAGAGAUAUGGGAUAUGAAAAUUAUUUUUUUUAUUUGGGGUUUAAACAACACCCUCAAACUUUCAGAAAUGGAAAUUAUGAAGCUUGGGAGUUAAAAAAGAUUUCAGAUGCGGGCAAAAAAGAGCAUGAGUCAUCAGUGGAUGUAUUUAAAGAUGUUGCUAAGGAACUAAAAAGAGUACCAGGUGCUAUUGUCACAAAAUAUUGGAAUAUGAGACAAGAAGAUUCUCUGUUACCAGCCAUUGUCAGGAGACAAGAUUUGGAUCAUGUCAAUACCAAAGCACAAGAUAUACAUUUACUUCGAGCUAUACUUACAUACUGUUUUCAUAACAAAAUAAAGCUCCCACCUACAGGUAUAGAAGAUGAAUUUUUUUAUGCUUUGAGCUUGGUGGGUAAUAAAUGUGAUGUCACUUUGUCCGCGAGAUACUACCAUAAAAUUAAAGACCAACCAAUUGAAAUAUUCAAUCUUAUUUUUGAUGAAGAGUUUGAAGGGAAUGUCCAUGAUUAUGGAGUUCAUAUUAAAAAGGAAAAAAAAAAAGAAAAAAAAAAUGCUAAAUCUGAAGCUUGA